AUGGGUAACAGCAAAAGUAGUGCCCUUUCUAAAGAGAUUUUGGAGGAGUUGCAGAUGAACACCAAAUUUACCCAGGAGGAACUGUGCACCUGGUACCAGUCGUUCCUGAAGGAGUGCCCCAGUGGCAGGAUUAGCAAGAAGCAAUUUGAAAGCAUUUACUCCAAGUUCUUUCCAGAUGCUGACCCAAAAGCUUAUGCCCACCAUGUCUUCAGAAGCUUUGAUGCCAACAACGACGGCACAUUGGACUUUAAGGAAUACAUGAUAGCGCUACAUAUGACUUCGUCUGGCAAAGCCAACCAGAAACUAGAGUGGGCAUUCUCUUUAUACGAUGUGGAUGGUAAUGGAACCAUCAACAAAACAGAAGUGCUUGAAAUCAUUAUGGCAAUAUUCAAAAUGAUUAAUGCCGAAGACCAGAAGCAUCUACCGGAGGAUGAGAAUACCCCAGAGAAGAGAACAAAUAAAAUAUGGGUCUACUUUGGAAAGAAGGACGAUGGUAAAUCACAUUUUGCAUAG